AUGGCUGCUGCUAUCUAUAUCAAGGUAAUGAAUCCAGGUGAUCAACAAAAGACCACGUUCAUCUGUGCAAAAUCAAAAGUAGCACCACUCAAGAGAAUGUCUAUACCUAGGCUCGAACUCACUGCAGCUCUGCUCGUAACUAAGCUCAUGAGAUACGUACAGCAUACGUUAGAACUCAAUGAAGCACAGACCUUUUUGUGGACAGAUUCAUCAGUAACGCUCACCUGGAUCAAAUCACACCCUUCACGCUGGAAAGACUUUGUCAGGAACAGAGUGUCAACCAUUCAAGAUCUAUCUUCAAGCAGCGUAUGGAGAUUUGUUCCUGGAAAGGGAAAUCCAGCCGAUUGCGCUUCAAGAGGGCUUAGCAUCUCCCAGCUCCAGAAGCAUCAACUGUGGUGGACAGGACCACAGUGGCUCAUUGGGACCCAGAGCUCUUGGCCAACUCAGCCAAUAUAUCACGAAUCACAGACUCAUCUAGAAGAGCGCCAUGGACAAUCAUUCAUUGUGGCAACAACUCACCCUGAAUAUCUUUGGGAGAUGAUAUACAGAUUUUCAUCACUCAUCAGACUGCUCAGAGUAAUCGCAAUUUGCUUUCGAGUAGUUCAACUCAUUAAGAGAAUGCCACAAUCAACACUCGCAAGUCCGAUCACGCCACACGAAACAGAUCAUUCACGAGUGUUUUGGAUCAAAGCAACUCAAGCAGCGUAUUUUUCCAGUGAACUCAAGCUCAUGGGGUCAAAUCAACUACCACCAGCUCAUCCUUUCAAUCGAUUGACUGCCUACAUAGACACUCAGGGCAUCAUUCGUGUUGGAGGGUGGUUGGAACGCUCACAAUUGGAACUUGAGACAAUUCAUCCAGCAAUACUGCCUCGGCAGUCAAAAUUCACCUCACUCAUCAUAGCAGAUGCACAUCAGAAAACAUAA